AACAAACACUGAAACUUAAUCAUCUCUCUCACUGAAAAUCACACAAGAUUCUUUCUCUUUCUAUCUUCUCUCUCUGCAACAUGGCCGUUGAUUCCACAACCUCAUCGCCGCUGGGUCCUCCGGCGUGUGAAAAAGAUGCAAAAGCUCUUCAGUUCAUCGAAGACAUGACUAAAAACUGUGACCCCGUUCAAGAGAAUGUCUUGUCGGAGAUUCUGUCACAGAACGCUGCAACGGAGUACCUUCAACAAUGGAACCUCGACGGAGCUACUGACCGGAAAACUUUCAAAUCGAAAGUUCCGGUCAUCUCCUACGAUGAUCUCCUUCCUUACGUCAACCGUAUUGCUAAUGGCGAUCGUUCUCCUAUCCUUUCUUCUCACCCCAUUUCCGAGUUUCUCACAAGUUCUGGGACUUCUGCUGGUGAGAGAAAACUCAUGCCCACCAUUGCUGCGGAAAUGGAUCGGAGACAGAAGCUCUACAGCCUUCUCAUGCCUGUCAUGAAUCUGUAUGUGCCUGGUUUAGACAAAGGAAAGGGAUUGUACUUCUUGUUCAUCAAAGCCGAGGCAAAAACCCCAAGUGGGUUGGUAGCCCGACCCGUUUUAACAAGCUACUACAAAAGCCAACAGUUCAAAACCCGACCUUUUGACCCGUAUAAUGUGUACACAAGCCCGAAUGAAACCAUCCUAUGUGUUGAUGCUUUUCAAAGUAUGUACUCUCAAAUGCUUUGUGGCCUUCUUUUUCGUGAAGAAGUUCUCCGAUGUGGUGCUGUUUUUGCAUCGGGACUCGUUCGAGCUAUCAAGUUUCUUCAACUCAAUUGGCAACAAUUGGCUAUGGAUGUCGAAUCUGGAAACCUGAGCAAUAAAAUCACUGAUUCAUCGAUUCGUGAAUGUGUUUCCAAGAUUCUGAAACCUAACCCUGAGUUGGCUCAGUUCAUUAGAGAAGAAUGCUGUGAUGGAAACUGGGAAGGAAUUAUUACUCGGAUUUGGCCGAAUACGAAGUAUCUCGACGUGAUUGUCACCGGAGCUAUGGCGCAGUAUAUUCCGAUUCUUGAUUAUUACAGUGGGAAUUUACCCAAGACGUGUACGAUGUAUGCUUCGUCGGAGUGUUACUUCGGGUUGAACUUAACUCCAAUGGUGAAACCAUCGGAGGUUUGUUACACCAUCAUGCCGAACAUGGGUUAUUUCGAGUUCAUCCCACAUGAUCCGGAGAACCCGGUAACAAUUUCACGCGAUUCGCCUCCUCAGUUACUCGAUCUUGCUGAUUUGGAGCUUGGAAAAGAAUACGAGCUCGUGAUCUCAACCUACUCCGGUCUCUGCCGCUACCGUGUCGGCGAUAUUCUACAGGUGAAGGGUUUCCACAACUCCGCCCCGCAGUUCAAGUUCAUUCGACGGAAGAACGUUUUACUCAGCAUCGACGCUGAUAAAACCGACGAAACCGAGUUGCAGGCCGCCAUUGAUAACGCUUCUGUUCUUUUGAAGGAAUUCAACACCACCGUCGUGGAAUACACCAGCUACGGCGACACCAAAACGAUUCCCGGCCAUUACGUUAUCUACUGGGAGUUGUUAAUGAAGGAUCCGGCGAAUGGCCCACCUGAGAAUAUGUUAGCUCAAUGCUGUUUGGCAAUGGAGGAAGCUCUGAACUCCGUUUAUCGGCAAAGUCGAGUUGCAGACAAUUCAAUCGGGCCAUUAGAGAUUCGUGUCGUUAAAAAUGGAACUUUCGAGGAGUUGAUGGAUUACGCGAUCUCAAGAGGCGCUUCGAUCAAUCAAUACAAAGUUCCACGAUGCGUCACUUUCACUCCGAUUAUGGAACUGCUCGAUUCCAGAGUCGUAUCGGCCCAUUUCAGUCCGGCAGCCCCACACUGGACAUCAGAACGACGUUUUUGA